GAGCGAGGGACAGGGCCGAGUGAGCGAGUGAGUGAGCCGCCGCUCGGGUGCCCGUCGGCAGCACCAUGGCCACUUCAACCGAGCGCCGCGCGUUCGCUCAGAAGAUUAACCGGACUGUGGCAGCUGAAGUCAGGAAGCAAGUAUCCGGCCAAUAUAGCAGCUCGCCGCAGCUGUCCAAGAAACGCAGUGGCUCCCAUCAGUUGGUACCCCUUUCUGAAGUGGUGGAGCCUGUGGAUUUUGAGGAAUACCUGACAUCACAUCCCCCUGCUCCAGAACCAGGCCCACUCCGAGAGCUGCUUGAGUUUCCCGCAGACGAUAUUGAAGUAGCGUACGAGCCACGAGAAUGUCGCACCAUCGAACCCGGAGUCCCAGAGGAAUUGGGAGCGGACCCUCGAGUAAGAGAUGCUGUGCAGAUCUACACCGAAGACUGGGUCAUUGUUCACAGAAAGCAUCAAAAGCUGAGCACUGCAUUUAGCGUCAGCACGAUAGAUAAGCAGCGUGAGAGACAACGGGGCCUGCCCAAGCAGAUCUUUGAGACUGAUGAAGUUGUCGAUGAACGAGGUGCCCAAGAUGAUCAGGAUGAGUUGAAGCGGCGAUCGGUGUCUCUGGAUGACACGCCGAGGGGGAGUUGGGCCUCCAGUAUCUUUGACCUGAAGAACUCCACCGCCGACUCGCUGUUGCCCAGCCUUCUGGAUCGUACGGCCAUUGAUGAAGUGGACAAGCGCAAUGGGGAGCAGAGGAAAGAAAACCGACACGGGGAAGUGCUGGCACUCUUCCCACCUCCAGAUGAGGAUGAAGCUGUAGAACGAUCCUCUAUUCCUGAAGUCCCGAAAGAACAUUUUGGGCAAAGAGUUCUUGUAAAGUGUCUGUCGUUGAAGUUUGAAAUUGAAAUUGAGCCGAUAUUUGGAGUUUUGGCCUUGUAUGAUGUGAAGGAAAAGAAGAAGAUUUCUGAGAACUUCUACUUUGAUUUGAAUUCUGACCAAAUAAAAGGUCUUCUCCGCCCUCAUAAUCCCCAUGCUGCUAUCUCCACAUUGGCCAGGUCCACCAUCUUCUCCAUAACGUAUCCUUCUACUGACAUAUUCCUUGUAAUUAAGCUUGAAAAGGUUCUGCAGCAGGGUGACAUUGGGGAAUGUGCUGAACCCUACAUGGUUAUGAAGGAAUCUGAUUCCACGAAGCACAAGGAGAAGGUGGAGAAAUUGAAGAAUCAAGCAGAACAUUUUUGCAACAAAUUGGGCAAAUUCCGAAUGCCCUUUGCCUGGACCGCAAUCCACCUCAUGAACAUAGUGAGCAGUGCCGGGAGCCUGGAACGUGACUCCUCUGAUUCAGAAAAUGAGCGAAAGGGCACGUGGACAGACCGCAAAAAGAGAACAUUGGAACGGAUGAACCUUGGGGACGAUGCCUGUAACUACACCAACUUUCGGCCAGCUACCCUGACAGUCACAAAUUUUUUUAAACAGGAAGGGGACCGUUUAAGUGAUGAAGACUUGUACAAAUUUCUAGCAGACAUGAGAAGACCCUCCUCAGUUCUGCGGAGAUUACGCCCGGUGACAGCUCAACUCAAGAUUGAUAUAUCUCCUGCUCCUGAAAGUCCACACUACUGCCUCUCCCCUGAGCUGCUACAUGUCAAACCGUACCCAGAUCCUCGAGUGCGUCCAACUAAAGAAAUCCUGGAGUUUCCAGCGAGGGAGGUCUAUGUACCAUACACUGCAUACAGGAACCUGGUCUAUGUCUACCCACAGAGUUUGAACUUCAGCAGCCGCCAAGGCUCUGUGCGGAACAUAACAGUGAAGAUCCAGUUCAUGGCAGGAGAGGAUCCCAACAGCGCCAUGCCGGUUAUCUUUGGGAAGUCCAGCUGUGCUGAAUUUUCAAGAGAAGCAUAUUCUGCUGUGGUGUACCAUAACAAAUCUCCAGAGUUUUACGAGGAAAUUAAAAUGAAAAUCCCAGCGAACCUGACAGAUAAUCACCACAUGCUCUUCACCUUUUAUCACAUCAGCUGCCAGCAGAAACCCAGUUCAUCGCUGGAGACACCUGUGGGCUACACGUGGAUCCCUUUAAUGCAACACGGCCGCCUCCGAACGGGACAAUUCAGCCUUCCCGUGUCCGUGGACAAGCCACCGCCCAGUUACUCCGUCCUCACUCCUGAUGUCCAGUUGCCAGGUAUGAAGUGGGUCGACAACCACAAAGGAGUUUUUAAUGUGGAAGUACUGGCAGCAUCAUCAGUCCAUACCCAGGACCAAUUUCUGGAUAAGUUUUUUACUCUAGUGCACGUUCUGGAAGAAUAUUCUUUCCCGUUUCGACUGAAGGAUGUGAUCAUCACAGAGAAUAAUGUGGAGACAGAACUGAAGGCCAGUAUAAACAACCUGCGGUCAGCAAAGAUGGAACCACUUCUUCGAUUUGUCCACCAUGUCCUCAACAAACUCAUCCUCCUAAUUGUGCGGCCUCCAGUUAUCAGCGGCCAAAUAGUAAAUCUGGGUCGAGCUGCUUUUGAAGCAAUGGCUCAGCUCGUCAAUCAGAUCCAUAAAAACUUAGAAGGAAAUCAAGACCAACAUGGACACAACAACCUUCUGGCAUCCUAUAUAUAUUAUAUGUUUCACCUUCCAGACAGUGACCACCAUCCGCAGUUCCCCGGAUUAAGCAGCCCGUUAUACACUGGCCCCAUUCAAUAUGCCACCUUGUCUCGUGCUACUGCCAGGCCUACCAGCCUAAACCUGUCUCGUUCAAAGAGCAUCAGCAACAGCAAUCCAGAUCUUGCCACCACGCCAACAACACCAGAUGAUGAGGUGAAAAAAAUCAUGGGUUGCAAAGGGAUCGAUCGUUCACACUCCUGGGUUAAUUCUGCUUACGCUCCCGGUGGGCCAAAGGCUGUCUUGCGGAGAAACCAUCCCAAUUCAAGCUGUGAUCUAAAGCAGGCAACUGAGCGGAGUCCCAACCGCAUGUCCUCAUUUUUGGACGGCUUCACUCAUUCACAGCACAGUCAGCCAAGAUUUUCAACAAAAAAGCUUCUCCAUGAGGAGUUGGCCUUGCAGUGGGUGGUCAGCACCAGCAGUGUGCGGGAGGCAGCCUUGCAGCAGGCAUGGUUUUUCUUUCAGCUAAUGGUGAAAAGUAUGGGGCAUCAUCUCCAUCUUUCAGACAAGCUUGAAACUCCUCGGAAACUGAGAUUCCCAGAGAGAUUUGUGGAUGAUAUAACCGCUUUAGCCAACAUGAUCACAACGGACAUUGUCAGCAGGUUCCAGAAGGAUGUUGAGUUGGUGGAGCGGCUGAAUAUCAGCUUGGCAUUCUUUCUCAACGAUCUACUCUCCCUGAUGGAUCGAGGAUAUAUUUUCGGUCUCAUUCGCAUGUACUACAAACAGGUCAGCAAUAAAUUGCAGGCAGCACAGAACCCUCAUGCCCUUAUUUCUCUGCGACUGGACUUCAUUCGCAUCAUCUGCAGCCACGAGCACUACAUCACGCUAAACCUCCCGUGCAGCACACUAUCUCCCCCUGCCUCUCCAUCCCCAUCCGUCUCCUCGGCUACCUCCCAGAGUUCGGGCUUUUCCACUCUCAUCCAAGAUCAGAAGAUAGCCAACAUGUUUGAGAUGUCGGUGCCUUUUCGACAGCAGCACUUUCUAGUGGGGCUGCUAUUGACUGAGCUGGCCUUGAUCCUGGAACCAGAUGUCGAAGGUUUGUUCUUUCUGCAUAAAAAGGCGAUUGGUGCAAUCCAUAACCUGCUGUGCAGUCAUGAUGCAGACUCUCGCUACACUGAUAGUGAGGUCAAAGCUCAUGUUGCCAAGCUGUAUUUACCACUAAUUGGCAUUGUGAUGGACACCCUGCCUCAGCUGUACGACUUCACAGAAAACGGCAACCCGAAGGGACGCUUGGCUGCGUCAGUGAUGGAUGAGGUGGACAAUGAGAACAGCAACAUGAUCAGUCAGACCAUCGCCAUGGCAAUAGCAGGAUCGCCUGUGCCCCAUCCAAACAGGAAUGCCCCGUUCCAGCUCCCUGUUGUGCCUAGCCGGCAGUACUCAACAUUGUCAGCUGAAUCCAGUCGCAUCCUUCUCAUCUGUUUCCUCUGGGUCUUGAAGAAUGCAGACGAGGAGAUCCUGCAGAAGUGGUUCACAGAUCUCUCAGUGUUCCAACUAAACCGCCUGCUCGAUCUAUUGUACCUCUGCAUAUCCUGCUUUGAAUACAAGGGUAAGAAAGCUUUUGAACGGAUUAAUAGCCUAACAUUUAAGAAAUCCCAAGACAUGAAAGCCCGGUUAGAAGAGGCCAUUCUCGGCACUGUAAGUGCUCGUCAGGAGAUGGUGCGACGUAGUCGAGAGAGGAGUCCUUUUGGAAACCAAGAAAAUGUUCGCUGGAGGAAGAACAUCACCCACUGGAGGCAGAAUGCUGAUAAGGUUGACAAGACAAAGUCUGAAAUUGAACAUGAUGCCUUGGUGGACGGGAACUUGGUUACUGAGUCUAACCUGGUGAUUUUGGACAUACUUGAAAUCAUUGUGCAGACAGUCAUGGUGUCAGAAUCUAAAGAAAGUGUGCUGACGGGAGUGUUGAAGGUCAUUUUACACAGCAUGGCUUGUAACCAGAGUGCCCUCUUCCUGCAACACUGCUUUGCCACCCAACGGGCACUCGUCUUCAAGUUUCCCGAAAUGCUGUUUGAGGAGGACACUGAGCUCUGUGCUGACCUGUGUUUGCGGCUCCUUCGACACUGCAGUAGCUGUGUGGGCACCAUCCGGUCUCAUGCCAGCGCUUCCCUCUACCUCCUGAUGAGGCAGAACUUUGAGAUUGGCAAUAACUUUGCCCGAGUGAAAAUGCAAGUCACAAUGUCGCUGUCUUCGCUGGUGGGAACUUCCCAAAACUUUAAUGAAGAAUACCUUCGACGCUCUCUGAAAACCAUUCUGACAUAUGCAGAGGAAGACCUGGAACUGCGAGAAACCACCUUUCCUGAACAGGUCCAAGACCUGGUGUUCAAUCUGCACAUGAUCCUCACAGACACAGUGAAGAUGAAGGAGCACCAGGAGGAUCCUGAGAUGUUGAUGGAUCUAAUGUACAGAAUCGCCAAAGGCUACCAGACAUCACCAGACUUGCGUCUGACGUGGUUGCAGAACAUGGCAGGCAAGCACUCGGAGCGGACAAACAAUGCGGAGGCGGCGCAGUGCCUGGUACACUCCGCAGCAUUGGUGGCAGAAUACCUCAACAUGCUGGAAGACUGUCGGUACUUGCCUGUGGGUUGCGUCACCUUUCAGAAUAUAUCAUCAAACGUCCUUGAAGAAUCGGCUGUAUCGGAUGACGUUCUUUCUCCAGAUGAAGAAGGAAUUUGUGCUGGGAAAUAUUUCACAGAAGCUGGCCUGGUAGGAUUGCUAGAACAAGCAGCAGCAUCCUUUACGAUGGCUGGGAUGUACGAAGCUGUGAAUGAAGUUUACAAGAUCCUGAUUCCAAUUCAUGAAGCCAACCGGGAUAGUAAGAAACUGGCAACAAUCCACGGGAAACUACAGGAUGCUUUCAACAAAAUCUCUAAUCAGAGCUCUGGCUGGGAGAGGAUGUUUGGGACUUAUUUCCGGGUGGGCUUCUACGGUUGUAAGAUUGGAGAUCUGGAUGAGCAAGAAUUUGUCUAUAAGGAGCCCUCGAUCACCAAACUGGCGGAGAUUUCAUACCGACUUGAGGAGUUCUACCGAGACCGGUUUGGGGAAGAGGCUGCUGAGAUUAUCAAAGAUUCCAAUCCAGUCGACAAAGGCAAACUGGACCCUAACAAGGCAUAUAUCCAGAUCACGUAUGUUGAACCGUUCUUCGACACCUACGAAUUGAAAGACCGCAUCACUUACUUUGACAAGAACUAUAACUUGCGCUGCUUCAUGUACUGCACGCCCUUCACGUUAGACGGCCGUGCUCACGGUGACCUGCACGAGCAGUACAAGCGGAAGACUAUCCUCACCACCUCGCACGCCUUCCCCUACAUCAAAACCAGGAUCAACGUCAUUCACAAGGAGGAGAUUAUAUUAAUUCCAAUUGAAGUCGCGAUCGAGGACUUGCAAAAGAAGACUCAGGAGUUAGCUUUUGCCACACACCAGGAUCCAGCUGAUGCCAAGAUGUUGCAGAUGGUAUUACAAGGAAGUGUGGGAACAACCGUUAACCAGGGGCCUUUGGAAGUGGCCCAAGUUUUCCUGGCAGACAUUCCAGAUGACCCCAAACUCUUCCGACAUCACAACAAGCUCCGUCUCUGCUUCAAAGACUUCAUGAAGCGAUGUGAUGAUGCCUUGCGCAAGAACAAGACUCUGAUCGGAGCUGACCAGAAAGAAUAUCACAGGGAGCUGGAGCGUAACUACCACAGACUGAAGGAAUCUUUGCAGCCCAUGAUCAGCAUGAAGAUCCCCCAGCUCUACAAGUCCCUCGUGCCCAGUACAAGUCACCGAAAUUCUUUCAGCAGAUCGAGCUUGCGUAAAGUGGAAAUCUGAAGAAUCCGGUGGAUGCAGUGGUUUUAUUUUUGUUUUGACUCUCGAGUAUGAAGGACCUGGAAUGGAGGAAGAGUGAGGAAAGACCAAGGUUCAGGGACAGAGCGUUUGCUCUUUUUAAAGCCCCCUCCUCAGGACCACUUCAACGUAAGGCAGUUGUCGACUGCAUCUUCACCUCCACCAUCCUGCCACAGCGGACCAAUGUCAAAGUUAGAAACAUUGCUCCACGAGAGUCUGGCUGAGUUAUUUUCAUGUGGUCCUGAACAUCAUUCUACUUGUUGAACGAUUAAUUUGACCUUUUUAUCAGUCCAAACAUUUAAAGCAAUAUUAUCAUCAAUGUGUUUGUGUCUGCACCUCGAUACUGAAAUGGGCCGUUGUUGUUUAAUUUGAGGAGCUUUCCUUGGCCAAUGCACUUGUGCCCUGUACAGUAAGUAUUACCUGGUGUACUCUAAAUGACACUAAAAGCCACCUGCAGCAGCUAAGCGUCGACUUGCUACGAGGUGUGAAGAGGUGGUGAGCUCGAUCUUUCAAAAUUUACUUUUGUUUUCUUGUCGUGAAUGUAUCUUGAAAUUCAGGAAGGAUGCACUUUGGCACUGGUUUAAGUUGGCAGCAAGAAACUUAACACAUACUCAGUCAAUACCAUCGCACUAACAAAAAUCAAAUACUUCAAUAUCAAAUAACUUGAAGAAAAAAAAUUGGACCACUCUGGUGCCUAUCAAUCUAAGUCAUCCAAUAUCUGUUUUAUAAUUUAUUACCAGUUGUGCACAUAUUUUAUGUACUAAUGACCAUUUAAGAAAGACUAAAAAAUCACCCUAUCAUUCCAAGCGUUAACUCCUUUUCAUUAGGUAUGUGUUGGAGUGGUUUAAAGAAUGACAUCACUACAGUUAUCUUCUAAUGAAAGGUGCCGUUUAGUUUCUGCUCAGUUCUUACACUGUUUUCCUUCUUUGGUGUUCUUUUUUUGAUGAUAUAAUUUAAUCUUUGAGAUGAUUAGCACCAAGUGGCACUAGAGAGUGUCUGACAGGUCAGUCCUUCACUUUGCAACUCAAAAGGCACAUGAAUCCAAUAGCUCUCCUUUUUAAAGAUCUACCUGUUGGAAGGUGUUUGACGGUGUCGUCACCUGCUGAGGAGACAUUUUGGCCAAGCCAAGCAGCCAUUGCAUUUAAAUGGAAAGUCAAGAGUGUUUUAUUGUCAUAUGUCCCAGGUAGAAGAAUGAAAGGUUACUCCUGAAGGAAGAAGGAAAAUGUAUGGAGCUGCAACCCAUAUCUUGAGAGUUGGCUGGUGGUCAUCUUUGCUUCUAUCUAACUUGUCGUUAAGAAAGGGAACGGCCAAAUGCAGUGUUAGAGGAUUGAUCAGCAUUAGUGAUGUAAAGUUAAUGCUGUUUCAGGUUUUUAAAGAAUGUUUUUUAUCAAAAACAUGAUGGUCUUACAGUAACUGUUAUUUAAUGCUCAUGCCUGUUAUUGGGGGCUUGGCUGACAAAAUAAGCACUCUAAAUAAAAUAUAACAACAUCCAAUGAUUAAUACUGUACCUGCAGUAACAUAUCAACUCACUUUAAUCCUUAUACAAGCAUCUCUGUUCAAGUGCAUUGAUCUGUGUUAAAUCCUUUAAGUUACCCUUCAAUCCAUUGCCACAUUUUAUGACUGAAGCACUCCAGACUCGGCAUCCUCUUUCACAUUGUGCAUCUGUAAUUGUCAGAAGUGAACAAAUUCCAGUGCUCUCCCUUCCUCUCUCGACUACCGUGUGGCUAAAGGUAGGUCCUGAAGUCGGCAUGUUCCCAGAUUUUUAUCCAUGUUUUAUACAGGCAUCUCGUAUCGCGUGUUGUAAUCAGUUUCCGAGUCGAGGCAACCUCUUGACUUGCCCAGGGUAGAGGCAGCUUCCUUUACAUCCCUAUUCUAUAUGUGAUGCAGAUUAGAAGGCAGUGCUGAGUAAACCCACCACUUUUCUAUUUAGUUCACAUUGCCUUUGUCUCUGGAGUACAACCUUUGUAGUUGCUGUCAUGUGUUAUCUGAAACCUAAUCCUGUGUAAUUUCAAAAGAGGUGAUUGUAGUCUUUACUCUUUUUACAUGAUUUAUUCUUAUUUAUUCAGAUUAUUUAAGGAUAUAAUGGAAUAUUUUACACAGAGCAUGUUUAUUUAAGACUGUGUGAGUCUGACACACUUUAAAGAAUUCCAGUAUCCAGAGCUUUUAUUUGGUCCUUUAUUAGGCCAGGGUUUUUCUCUGCUCCCAAAGAUUUACCAGAUUUGUAUGUUCUCGCAAUUUCAUAGCCCUGGCUUCUUCAAACAGGAGGGAAAGUCUACCUAUGCUGUGACCCAAGCAGUCGUAUUUAUGGUAGAAACAAGGAACUGCAGAUGCUGGUUUACAAAAAAGGACACCAAGUGCUGGCGUAACUCAGCAUCUCUGGAGAACAUGGAUAGAUGACGUUUCAGGUCUUCAGACUCUUAUUGGGGGCACUCUUAUUUGCAAUUCUCCAGUGUAAAAAACACAAUUACUAUGCAAAUUUCCACUGCGAGUGGCAAUGAAAUGGCGGGGGAUGAGUAUUAACAUUGGAGAAGGGUCUCGACCCGAAACGUCACCCAUUCCUUCUCUACAGAGAUCCUGCCUGUCCCGCUGAUUUACUCCACCUUUUUGUAUCUAUGGUUUAAACAAACAUUGUAGUUCCUUCUUACAUAUUAACAUUGGCUGGUUCUGCUGCUCUUUCUAUGCGACGUACACGUUCGCACACACAUGAACGCACAGACUCUCAAAAUGUGACCAAACAUUUGUGGCCAGUAUUAGACCAUAAUAUACUAGGGAGGGAGGGGGGUGGGUAUUCGGAUCAAUAUUAUUAAUGUCGGAGCAGCACAAGGAUCAUAAAGCAGCACCUUUAGAGAAUGCAGUGGGAAUUAUCCCAUGCUGGUUGGACUUUGUGAGAGAUAAGAGAGUCCUGCAAUGUUGGAUUCUUCUACAUGUCUCUCAUUGUGCAGAAAGUGGAUACGAAUCAGUCAGCUAUAAUAAUAAUGGCUGUAUUGAAGAGUUAGCAAGUCCUGAUACAAAACCACUACUUGAUGACACUGAAUUUGUGUUAUGAAUUUGUUUUUUUUAUAUAAUAGUCUUUUAUAUUACUUUUUCUUAACGUUAUUACCAUGUGAACAAGACUCUCGUAAAUACAUCAAUGACUGAUGGAUGCAACCACUGAAACUCUGAAAUAAGAAAAUUCUAUGAACACAUUUGCAGGUCAGUUAACGAGAAUGAUAUGCACCAAUGUGGCAUCUUCCUCGUAAGGCUCUUUGGACUCCUUGUACUGGGGGCAUUAUUCAAGACCUGGUAACCAUUUUCCCGUGAACCUCCGACUGCUGUCUUUUUAAUUAGAUAAUUAAGUUGCGGACAUAUGCGUUCAUUACAGUGCUUCUUGGAUGUACAUAUGUAUGUGUUAACUAUCUUAUCUAGUCAUGAAAGAGAAGCCCCCAACUGAUUGAGAACACUAAAAGGAUAUAUCGUCGGACUGAGACUUCUUCCUUAAUGUUCACGAUUUAUUUUUAAUUGAAGGAAAGCCGCUCAUGGGAUGGGACUCUUUGUUUACAGCAGACUGACUUUAUUCUGCACUGUAGAUAACUCUGUUGUACUAUGGAAACACAAGCGCUCUCAGUUUACCAACCUACGGGCCAUAUCCAAAGUACCAGUCGCAGGGAGUUCUCGAGUUCUGUGUGUUUCCCACCUUAUCUUCAAAACCUGCUUUUCUCAGGUUGAUUUGUUGAUUCUGUAUUUUGCUAGACAACCUUUGCACUUUUUAUUUGUUGUGGAACAGGAAUGGGUGUGAAUUGGAUUUAGAAGGGUGAGGGGUGUUGCAUUAUUGAAAUGGAUUUUUUUUUUCUUUCAAUUUGUAAUAAUCUGUGUUGUCAAUAAAAAAGACCAAACAAUUC